CUUUAAUUUCACAUCUUUGAUCUCUCUCUUUCUAAUCAACCAUGUCUUUAAUUUAAUCAUACACACUAUAAAAUGCGCAAAGCUAGUCCGUCUCAUCACAGACCACAAUUUUCUUAUUCUUUUCCUUUUAUGUCAUAGCUUUUCUUUUUCCUGUCUCCUUCCUACCCGUACUAUUUCUCCUUCUCAAAUCCAAGCAUGGCAGCUACUUUUCUCAAAUAUCUACUCAUUUUUGCUACCCUCUCCUCCACCCUUGCUUAUGAUCCUGACCCGCUUCAAGAUACCUGCGUCGCAGAUAAAUCUUCAGUUGCGAAAUUAAAUGGGUUUCCGUGCAAACCAGAGGCUAAUAUUACAGAGACAGAUUUUUCGUUUGAUGGUUUAGCUAAUGCUGGAGUUGUGAAUAAUUCAGUAGGAUCAUUAGUGACGGGAGCUAAUGUUGAGAAGAUUCCAGGCCUGAACACUCUAGGAAUAUCUCUGUCCCGCAUUGACUAUGCUCCUGAGGGGCUUAACCCGCCGCACAUACACCCACGCGCCACCGAAAUGAUAUUUGUUCUAGAGGGUGAAUUGGAGGUAGGAUUUGUCACCACUGCUAACAAGUUGAUAUCAAAAAUUGUGAAGAAAGGUGAAGUUUUUGUCUUUCCCAGAGGUUUGGUUCACUUCCAGAGGAACAAUGGUGAGGAGGCAGCUUCUGUAAUUUCAGCAUUCAAUAGUCAAUUGCCUGGAACCCAGUCCAUUGGGGCGACACUUUUUGCUGCAUCUCCACCAGUCCCCACCAAUAUCUUGACUAAAUCUUUUCAAGUUGGCACCAAGGAGAUUGAGAAGAUUAAAUCCAGGCUUGCCCCCAAUAAGUCUUGAUUUUCUUCCUUCCUUUUUUCCAAAUUUUUCUUACCCGAAUAAUACCAUCGAACUAAUGUGAGGGAUAUGGAUAAUUAAUUAUCUUAUGUAUAUAUAUUCUCUUAUCAUUGCAAUAAUGGAACUGAAUAUAUACAUAAUUAAUGAUAUAUUUGUAAUUAUAUUUUUCUCUUGUAAUUUGAUUUUAUCCAUGAAAGUGUUGAGUGGA